CACACCACUAGUAUAAUUUCGCUCGCUCGAGUUUGAAGGGUCAACUACAAGACUUCCUACUCACAGUUCCUUCAGCACCCAUGAGUCAUCAUGUGGAGCCGGCAUCCGGCGGGACUCCCGUCGCCCUGCUUCUGUGGCAGAUUUGUGAGCCGGCGAGUUUUGUGUGAUUGUAGCCUGCAUACCCCUCGUGGCAUAGGCAAGAUCUAACCGGGGAGAUGAGAUGGUCCCAUGCCUAACGUUACGGGCGAAUCGAUUUUAACUUGUUUUUUUUCCCUUCCCUUGAUGGACUGGAAGUGUGUGUGGAUUAGGAAGAGUGAAAGUAAUUAGGUAUAUAUCGCAUCUCGUUUUCCCAUUAAUAACUGGUUACGGGAGGAAGCUAGUCUUAUUGUUAUGGGUUUUCUGGUUCCCAGUAUUACACCUUGAUACUUCCCCUAGUUAUUUGUUUCUAUAAUAUUAAUAGCCCCCUUAAUCUAAUGUCUGAUCCGUUAUACUCAUACAAAAAAUGUUGCCCACUAAGCGACCCUUCUAAGGAGCUUCGUAUCCUAGAGAUACAUGACAACCGACAGGACUUAAUUGAAUGCGAACUCAAGCGGUUCAAGCUCGACGAUGUGGGAAAAUAUGCUGCUCUGUCAUGGCGUUGGGGUGAAAAAGGAGGCAUGAAUAUGAUCCGAAUUCUUCACUCCAGUGGCUUUCAUACGUUCUCGAUACCAAAUAAUCUCAAACCUGCCAUAGAAGAACUUCGGAAUUCCGGGGUGCUCAGAGUCUGGAUAGAUUUCAUUUGUAUGAACCAAGACAAUACCGAUGAAAAGAACUACCAAGUGCCGAUGAUGUCAAGCAUCUACGGGAGAGCACAAUGCGUUUUUGUAUGGCUUGGCGAAGAGGGCGAUAAUAGCACUCUAGCCAUACAAUUCAUGAAAAAUCGAGUUCUCAAUCUCGGGGAAUUUGAUAGCUUGAUUCGAGAUAAUGCUACUGUGAAAGAAUGGAAGGCCCUGUCGACGCUAAUGAAUCGGUCAUGGUUUUCUCGCCGGUGGAUUGUACAAGAGAUUGCUAUCGCUAAAGAAGCGAUACUCCUCUGUGGCGCAGAAAGGAUUGGAUGGAAGGAUUUCGCGGAUGCUAUAUCGCUCUUUAAUGAAGUAGAGACAGGAUCACGGGAGGUCUCUAAAGUCAUGAAAAGUAACAAAGACCUAGGGCAUAUGCCUGAUUUCUUCGGGAAUGUAUCGGAACUGAGCGCCACGAAGUUAGUCGAAGAGACUAAUAACCUCUUUCGACGCCUUUCCGGAGGAGAGCGACAGGCUCAAUUUAGCCUUGAGUAUCUCGUCUCGAAACUCAUAGCAUUCGACUCAACGGAGCCCCGUGAUACUAUUUACGCCCUUCUGGCAAUUGCAAGGGACACAGUCCCGGUCACCAUGAACCUCGGGAAGGAUGUAAUCCAAGAAUGGUCUUGGAAGGACGAUAUCAAGAAGAAACUUAUCGAGGUACUGGAAACUAAAAUUGUUUCUAAGCCCUACCCCGUUGACUACCAACUUCCAUUAUCAGAAGUUUACGUCCAGUUUGUAAAAUGGGCGAUAACUAAAUCUGAUAAGAGCCGCGCCCUUGACAUUAUCUGUCGGCCGUGGGCUCCGGUUCCAGAAUUGCCGGAUGGACUAGAUUACGAGGAUGAGGAGAGAGAUACCCACUGGCGUGUCAAGACCGGUUCAAAACGACCGCGCGAAGAAGGGGAAGAUACGUUACCAUCAUGGACGCCGACUUUAGCUCGAGCGGCGUUUGGUAUGGACGGCACAGGUCGAAGGAUGACGCGCAAGAAUGCGGAUAGUCUCGUUGCGCUUCCACCACAACAUGUAUACAGCGCAGCCGGGACCCGUCGACUCACGAAGAAUUUCCGGAUCGAAGACGGCGUGACCAAGUAUAGUGUUAACGAGGAACUAAAUGGGCUGCAUUACCACAGCUUGUUUGUGGAGGGGUUUAUCCUGGAUGAGGUGAAAGAGUUGAAAUCCUCAUCGCAGCAAGGGAAUAUUCCAAAUGAUUGGAUUGUGAUGGCAAAACGCAUAGCACGGGAAUACGCGCAGCGAAUGCCACCAGAAGAUGCGGAACGCAUGGACUUAGACACCGGCCUGCUUGACGAAUUCUGGCGGACUCUUGUAGCGGAUCGAAGUCCAACAGGUGAAAAUGCAAGACGAUACUAUUCCCGCUUAUUACGCCACGCCCUGAGGCAAGGCGUACAAGGAGACGUACUGAAUACCAAGGACAUACUCAAUUGGGGAAAUUGCAGCGUGGUGGGCGAGGUUCUACGAAGAGUUCAGUCUGUGAUAUGGAAUCGAAAGUUGAUGCGGACGAAGGAUGGCCAGAGACUUGGGCUGGCGCCACAAUAUAGUAGGAAAGGUGAUCUAAUAUGCAUUCUGUAUGGAUGUAGUGUGCCUGUCAUCCUCCGCGAACUCACAAAAUCAAGCGACGAAGUGGCCGAAGAAACACGGCGCAGAGAGGAGAAGCAGAGAGAAAUAGAUAAGAAAGUGGCACAGAGGUUUUUCCACCUCUGGCGGAUAAACCUAGCUCGAAGAAAAUGUUCGUCGACAGCACAGGCUACGGGUUUAAGCCUCCAACAAGAGAAUAGGAAUCAUGAAACGGAGACGAAUGGCAACACUGCUAAAACACCAGGCAGAGUCAACUCGGUGCCUGUCAUGACCAAGCGAGAACCGCGGGUGCGUUUGGAAAGCGAACCUCAGACCUUCUACCAGCUUAUUGGCGAGUGUUAUGUUGACGGUAUGAUGAACGGAGAAGCACUAUCAAGUUCAUCAGCAUCGAUGUUAUUCGAAAUAAGAUGAUGGAUGUCGCUGAGCAGUCAAGUCGAAUGGGCCGUUCCUGUCGCAACAGUUCAUUCUCUGGGAGCUUUUCCCAACGAUUUACCUUUGGAACAUUGUCUUUUUAUGAAUGGGGGAAGUUUAGAAGCGUUUGAAACUACAUCUCAUUAAUACUAAUGGACAUUCACACUUAAUAAAUAAUCUUAAGGCAAGUCAGAACAAUUGAUUUUUAAUUUUUAUAGAAAUUCAUCGUAUUAAUAGCAUAUAUGAUGGCGUCAUUAAAGACACCCUAUCUGUAGUAAAACCG